CUCACUAUGUCUUCAUCGCUUCAUCGCCAAGACUGCAGCUUCCUUGCCCGACGAUUCCGUCCCGGCUGUAGAUGCCGGCCAUAUAUUAACCCUCAACAACAUGCCACAAGAGCCCACACAACACCAUCGACGACCUCACGACCUCAUAGACACAUUCGUUUCGCAUUUGCAUUCAACAAUGACACUCUGGUACACUCCACCUGCUCUUCGGCCCACUGCGGCUCGAGGCAUCCGACUCCUCAGCACCCAGUCGGCAGCGAGCAUCAAGCGGACGCCUCCACAAGGAUCGGCGCAGCAACGCUUCCGGGAAUUCAACCUCGAGGGCAAAGUCUUCGCGGUCACGGGUGGGGGUCGAGGGCUGGGUUUGACCAUGGCGGAAGCAUUAGUCGAGGCAGGGGGUGAAGUACACUGCUUGGAUCUCCUCGCCGACCCGCACGAAGAUUUCCACGCCGCCCGCGCCCGCGCCAACCCCGACUUCGGUGGGGCUCUGCAUUACCAACGCUUUGACGUCCGAGACAAGAAAGGCUCCGACGAGAUAAUGGCCAGCAUCGCCUCGCGGAAGCACCGGCUGGACGGUGUCAUCGUGGCGGCUGGCAUCAACCACGUCGCCACCGCGCUGGACUACCGCGAGAGCGAUAUCCAGCGGAUCAUCGACACCAACUACAAGGGCGUAUUUUACACGGCGACCGCAGCCGGGCGGCAGAUGUUGAAGCACAAGACGCGCGGCUCGAUCUUGCUGAUUGCGAGUAUGAGCGGACUGAUCGCCAACAAGGGAAUGAAUUCGUCCAUCUACAACUCCUCCAAGGCGGCGGUGAUUCAGCUUGGGCGCAGUCUCGCCAUGGAAUGGGCCCGGGUCGAUGCGCAGGGCCAGGGCGGCAUCCGUGUCAAUACCCUGUGUCCGGGGCAUAUCGUCACGCCCAUGGCACAGAUGGUCAUCGACCAGGAUCCGAAGACGAAGGAAAUUUGGGAGUCGGAGAACAUGAUGGGUCGUCUGUCGCGACCAGAGGAGUUCCGGGGGUUGGCCUUGUUGCUCAUGAGCGACGCCAGUAGCUUUAUGACGGGAAGUACCACGGUCUGCGACGGGGGGCACACGGCAUGGUGACAUAAGGUUAGAUUAAUGAAGAGGUUAA